AUGGAUUUACUGGAAAAUGUCCCGGAUGACAACCCGUACGAUAGACUCAAGGAAGCAAUUUUAAAACGGACCGGUGCCUCGAACGAAGCCAUGCUACGCAACCUUUUCACUCAGGUUGAAUUAGGAGACCGCACCCCAUCGCAGUUAUUGAGGCACAUGCGAACCUUACUGGGUGACAACAAAAUGUCCGAGAACAUUAUGCGAAGCUUAUGGCUGGACAAGUUACCCACUACAACAACACAAAUCCUCGCACCCAUGACGGAGGAAACGCAGACAGAAAAACUCGCGGACAUUGCAGAUCGGAUCCAUGAAAGUUUUCGAAGCCGCAGGGUAAACUCUAUCCAACCACAACCAGCCCAACAAAGAGACAGGGAAUUUAACGACCUCAAGUCUACUGUAGAAAGGUUGUCUAUACAAUUACAAGGCUUACUGCAAAAAGACCGACAGUACCGCCGCGAUAAAUGUCCAGGCUACAGAAAGCGAAGUUUCAGCAGAGGCCGGACUGACAACCGCAAUCGAAAAGAUGAAAUUUGUUACUACCACAAAAGAUCUCUCUCUUUAUCGCUUUAUAUCCCAAUCAAUUCAUAUCUAUCUAUCUAUCUAUCUAUCUAUCUAUGUCUUUUUAUGAUGACAAUGACCGUUGAUAUUCGCAUCAGCUCAACAUUGAUCAGUGAAAUCUCUUCCAAUCUAUCUAUCUAUCUAUCUAUCUAUCUAUCUAUCUGUAGAAGUGUAAUGCAUUUAUGCCGCACUAUCUAUCUAUCUAUCUAUCUAUCUCGGUCUUUUCAUAUAUAUCACAGUCUUUUCAUUAUCUAUCUAUCUAUCUAUCUAUCUAUCUAUCUCGGUCUUUUCAUAUAUAUCACGGUCUUUAUAUUAUCUAUCUAUCUAUCUAUCUAUCUAUCUAUCUAUCUAUCUCAAUCAGUUCACAUCUAUCUAUCUAUCUAUCUAUCUAUCUAUCUAUCUAUUUUCAUAUAUAUCACGGUCUUCUCAUAUAUAUCACAGUCUUUUCAUUAUCUAUCUAUCUAUCUAUCUAUCUAUCUAUCUAUCCCAAUCUGUUCAUAUCUAUUACAGUUUUUUCAUUAUCUAUCUAUCUAUCUAUCUAUCUAUCUAUCUAUCUAUCUAUCUAUCACAAUCUGUUCAUAUCUAUUACAGUUUUUUCAUUAUCUAUCUAUCUAUCUAUCUAUCACAAUCUGUUCAUAUCUAUUACAGUUUUUUCAUUAUCUAUCUAUCUAUCUAUCUAUCUAUCUAUCUAUCUAUCUAUCUUCAAUAUCUAUCUAUCUAUCUAUCUAUCUAUCUGUUGUUCAUAUCUAUUACAGUUUUUUCAUUAUCUAUCUAUCUAUCUAUCUAUCUAUCUAUCUAUCUAUCUAUUUUGCGUAUGCAACACUUCUCUUCGUCACUAGAGAAAUUUACUACACGGACAAUUUGUUCAUUUUUAAGCACUAG